AUGAAGCUCGAUUCCAAGGCGAUGCGGCACCUCACGGCGGAUGACUGGCGAGUCCUCCAAGCUGUUGAACAAGGCUCCAAGAACCACGAACUCGUCCCAACACCCCUGAUUGAGAAGAUCGCCCGCCUGCGCGGCGGCGCCGGCAGCACGCGCAAGUCCAUAUCGGCGCUCGCCAAGGUCGGGCUGAUUGCCCGCGUAAAAGAGGCCAAGUACGACGGCUACCGCCUGACCUACGGCGGCCUGGACUACCUCGCCCUGCACACGUAUGCGAGCCGGAAACACAUCUACAGCGUGGGCACCCGGAUCGGCGUGGGCAAGGAGUCCGACAUCAUGAUCGUCGCCGACGACACGGGCGCACAAAAGGUGCUCAAGAUCCACCGGCUCGGCCGCAUCUCGUUCCGCACGGUAAAGUCGAACCGGGACUACCUCCGCAAGCGCCAGGGCGGGUCGUGGAUGUACCUGUCGCGGCUGGCUGCCGAGAAGGAGUUUGCGUUCAUGAAGGCCUUGCGCGACGAAGGCUUCCUCGUUCCCGAGCCCAUCUCGCAGAGCAGGCAUACCAUCCUCAUGGACCUGAUUGAUGCUUUUCCCCUCCGGCAAAUCUCGCAGGUCCCUGACCCGGCUGCUCUCUACGCCGAGCUGAUCGCCGUGAUACUGCGCCUUGCCAAGCACGGCUUGAUCCACGGAGACUUCAACGAGUUCAACAUCUUACUAAAAGAGGAGCGCGAGCAACAACAAGCUGCUGCUGCUGCGGCGAGCUCAAAAGGCAAAGACGCAGAGUCGGCUGCCUCCUCUUCCGCCGCCGACCAGGAAAGCAGCGCCAAGGUCACCGUGACUCCAAUCAUCAUCGAUUUCCCGCAGAUGGUCUCAAUGGACCAUGUCAAUGCAGAGAUGUAUUUCGAUCGCGACGUCGCAUGCAUCAAGCGGUUCUUCGAGCGGCGGUUCCACUUCGUCGCGACCGAGCCGGGGCCGUUUUUUAAAGACGCCAAGAAGACUGUGGGCAAGGACGGCGCAACCAGGCUGGACGCCACCGUCGCGGCAUCGGGUUUCACCAAGAAGAUGUUGAAGGACCUCGAGGCUGCCAUCAGAGAGCAGCAGGAAGGGAGAGGGGAAGGUGGCGAAGAUGAGACUGCCCGCUCUGACGGAGACGAGGAUGGAUAUGAUGAGCCUUACGGCUCUGACGAUGGAGAGGAGCAGGAGGAAGGAGAAGACGAGGCCGAGGACAACAUGUCCGGGCCUCGGCAAGCAGAGGUAGAUCAGGAAGCCUUGGAGAAGCCUCCGCAUCCACAAUUCGAGAAGCUCGCCAUUUCUGAUACGUAG